AUGAUGACGAAUACCAAUAACAAUAAUAUUGUAAACGAUAUUAAAAAACUUCAAGAUUCAUUGGAAAAACUUUACAAUACAUCAUCCAUUAAUUUUAAUGGCAAUGUUGUUGGACAGCAACAAUCAUCAACACAUCAACUAUUGAAAGAUGAUAUACGUAUCCUGUUGGAUGUACUUGAAUGUCCAGUAUUCGAAUCAAUUCUUAAUGUUCAGUAUUCAUUACAACAAUUACGUGAACAAUUCCAACAACAUCCGUCCAUAUUACCCGUUGAUGUUGAUAUUGAUACGACAACAUUAGAGUUGAAUUUAAAUUUACCAAAUGAUGAUAAUAAUAAUAUAUCGAUUAAUCAACAACAACCACAACAGCAACAAUUGAAUAAACAUCAUCAUCAACAACACACCCACAACAAUGAUAAUGAAAGAGGUGAAGCAGUGAUAGCAGUUGGAGGCAUUGGUGAUCAUCAUAAUAAUCAAUUUGAUUAUGAUAAUCGUACGAUUCCAUCAAAAUUUUCAUUACAACAAUAUAUGUAUGAUUAUGAUAAUCAAGAACAAUCAUCAAUAGGUGGUGGUAGUGGUGGUGGUCGUGAUUAUUGUGAACCAGAUUAUGUUAAUAUUUCAUUACAAGAUGAAGCAUUUCGUAAAGGAAUCAAUGAAUUAGCACAAGGUCGUAUGAUACAAACUGUUGAACUUUAUAAACCAGAAGGCAAAAGUCUUGGAUUCAAAGUUGUUGGUCUUAAUCAUCCAUCUUCAUCAUCAGAUUCAUUAUUUGGCAAUAAUGGUACUACUAAUAAUAAUUCUGGUUCGAAUUCGAAUGGUCAACAACAACAACAACAACCACCUGAACAGGAAAAACAACAAAAAGGCCAUCAUUUUGAUGAUAUGCUAAAUAAUAACAAAAAAUUGGGAAUUUAUAUUCAAGAGAUACAUGAAAAUGGAAUCGCAGCAAGAAGUGGCCUAUUAAAACCAUUAGAUCAAAUAUUGGCCAUUGAUCGUCAUCUAUUUACCAAUGAUCUUUCACAUGAAGAUGCCAUUAAUAUUUUACAAAGUGCCAAAGGUGUUAUUCGUUUGAUUGUUGCACGUCCAAAUACCAACAACAGCAACAACAACAACAACGAUGUUAUCGAUGAUGUUAAAACAUCAUCAAUUUCGACGACAACAACAACAACAUUACCAACGACCAUUAUAGCUCAAUCAACAAAUUCAAAACAAAUUACAACAACAUUAUCAGAUGUAAAACGUUCACCAUCCAAUGCAAGUGAUUCAUCAUCAUCAAAUAAUUCAUCAAUUGUAAAUAAUAACAAUAACAAUUGUAAUAACGAUAAUAAUAUGGUAUUGAAUACUGAAUGGAUACAAAUCGAUUGUAUCGAAUUGGAUCAAGAAAAUGAAAAUGGUUUAGGUUUCGGUAUUGUUGGUGGCCGUUCAUCGGGUGUUAUUGUCAAAACCAUUAUACCAGGCGGUGCAGCUGCUAAGGAUAAUCGAUUACAAAUUGGUGAUCAUAUAUUACAAAUCAAUGGUGUCAAUAUGCGUGGCAUGUCAUCGGAUCAAGUUGCACAGAUACUUCGGCAAACAAAUGGCCAACAUAUUAAAUUGAUUGUUGCACGUCCAGUUGAUCCAUCAUUAGAUUUACAAGUCAUACAGAAUACAUUGACCAUUGUGCCAACAAAAUCAAUUAAUGAUCCAAUUGAGCUUGAAAAACAGAUACAUUUAUUAUCCAUUCAACAACAACAACAACAACAGUGUAAUCAAGAGAAUAUAAAUUGCUUUAAUCAACAAUCGAAUGAUUAUAAUAUGAUCGAUGUUCAACAACAACAACAACAUCGUCAUAUUAAUGAUAAUAAUAAUAAUUUAAAAUUUUCAAAUAACAACAACAACAAUAAUAAUUUAGUUGCCAAUGUAUCCGAUAUAUUAAUAAGCUCAACUAAUGAUCCAAAAUUUCAAUCGGAUCAAAUGGAAACAUUCGAAGUGGAAUUAAUUAAAGAUCAACAAGGAUUAGGCAUCACUAUUGCUGGUUAUGUUUGUGAAAAAGUUGCUGAAGAAAUUUCUGGUAUAUUCAUUAAAAGUAUUGCAACAGGAAGUGUUGCUGAACGUUCAAAAAUGAUACAGAUAAAUGAUCAAAUUAUUGAAGUUGAUAAACGUUCAUUAUAUGGAUAUAAUAAUCUACAAGCUGUUGAUCUAUUACGUAAUACUGGGAAAAUUGUUCGUUUAAAAUUAGCACGUUAUAUAAAAGGAUCAAAAUAUCAUGAUCAAAUACAGCAGGGUGUAAUGAAUGCCGAACAACAGCAACAGAUAACAGCAGUAGCAGCAGCAACAACAACAACAACAACAACAACGGUUCGUGGUGGUCCAACAGUGAUUCAGAUUAAUUCUAGCAACAACAACAACAACAAUAAUAGUACAUCACCAUCAAUGAAUUUAAUAACAAGUGUUCCAUCAUCAUCAACAUCAUCUUCGUUAGCACAUCGAUCACCGAAUGAUUUACGUGAAAAAUGGUCAGCAAUUGUUGGACCAGAUUUCGACAUCAUUAUUGCAAGCGUUACAAAAUUCUGCCAUGAUGGUGGUCUUGGUAUCAGUCUUGAAGGUGUAAUCGAUAUUGAAAAUGGUAAUGAAUGUCGUCCACAUCAUUAUAUUAAUUCAAUACUUUCGAAUGGUCCUGUCGGUCGUAAUGGUUUAUUGCAGAAAAAUGAUGAAUUACUGGAGGUGAAUGGUAUUCGUUUACAUGGACUUAAACAUUCAGAUGUACUACCUCUGCUCAAAGAUCUUCCUAUUGAAGUACAAUUAGUUUGUGCUAGACCAAAGCCAACAACAACAAUAAGUGCCAACAAUAUAACAACUACAAUCAAUAAUAAAAAUCCUUUCGUCGUCCAAAUGCCCACAACAACAACAACAACAACACAACAAUCAAAUAUUGAUAUUGCCAAAUUUAAUACAUCAUCAUCAUUUAAUCAGGUCCAUCUGCAACAACAUCUUCAUCAUCAUUUGGAUCCAUCACCAAUGACAUCAACAUCAUUUAUUGAUCGUUUAGUCAAAGCCAAAUCAGAUGGUUCAUUAGCAAUGAUGACAACACCAAUUGCCGGUACAUUUACUGGUCUUGAUGAUGAUGUAUCAAGUAAUGAAUUAUCGAAAAUUCGUUCACGUUCACUUGAACCACUCACCGGUUUGGCAAUGUGGAGCCAUGAACCACAGGUGAUUAAAUUGAUGAAAGGAGAACGUGGCCUUGGUUUUAGCAUUCUAGAUUAUCAGGAUCCAAUGAAUCCAAAUGAUACGGUCAUUGUGAUUCGUAGCCUUGUACCGGGUGGUGUUGCACAACAAGAUGGUCGCCUAUUACCUGGUGAUAGAUUAUUAUUUGUAAAUGAUCAAAAUCUAGAGAAUGCAAGCCUCGAUAAAGCUGUACAAGCAUUGAAAGGAGCACCAAAAGGUGUCGUUAUUGUCGGUGUUGCAAAACCAUUACCAUUACCGGAAAGUGCAUUACAUUUAGCUGCUGUAGCAGCAUCAUCAUCAUUAUCAACAACCAAGAAUAAUAACAACGAUCCAAUUACACAGGUGAGCGAUUCGCGAUGAUCAUGAUCAAAUGAUGGACAACGAACGCCUAUCUCUCUCUCUCUCUCUAUCUUUCUAUCUCUCUAUAUUUCUUUCCCAUUUCACAAUACGCACAAACAAAUCACUAUCACUACACUAUUUAUUUCAUUCUUGCUGGGCUAUUUUUUUUCCUAAACUUUUUUUUUGAAAAAAAAAUUAAUUAUAAAAAUUG